UGGGGCCGCCCUGGGCGCCUGGGGCUGAAAUCGACAUUUGCCUCUGGCAGGAAAGUGAGCCUGUCAGACUCUGUCUCGGUUAGACCCUCCACCCACGGGAACGGGGGAUUUCGGUAGCCUUUUAACUUUCUAUCUCAGGAACCAGAAAGCCCAAGAAUGUGAUAAAAAUUAAAAAGCGUGAAAUAGUGAGUUCUUGUGAAUUCACUCCUUCAUGUCUGAGAGAUCAAAUUCCUUGCCAGAAGAUUUAAGAAAACACGGCCGGUGAAAGGCCAGGCAAGCUGCGCACGUCCAGCAAACUGCCCAGAGGGGAGGCCCCGGAGCGGGGCUUCCCGGCCCCCUGCUCCUCACCUCCGGGGACUUCCAGGUCUUCCUCGCCCCCCACCCUCUCCCCGCCUCGCCCCGAGGGCGUCACGUGGCGGCGUGGGACCCGCCUCCGGUGACGUCACCGCGCUCGCAGCCGUCGCGCUGAAGAAAGGAUGCUCUAGGAUGCUGUGCAGGUGGGCGGCCGGACGCGCCAUGCGGCACUGCAGGUUCUCUCUCCCAGGUGUAACUAGCAUGGUCAAUGCAGGAGCGAUGAGUGGUUCUGGAAACCUGAUGGAUUUCCUCGAUGAGCCAUUCCCUGAUGUGGGGACAUAUGAGGACUUCCACACCAUCGACUGGCUAAGGGAAAAGUCACGGGACACCGACAGACACAGAAAGAUCACCAGCAAAAGCAAGGAGUCCAUAUGGGAGUUCAUCAAGAGUCUGCUGGACGCCUGGUCAGGAUGGGUGGUGAUGCUGCUCAUUGGCCUGCUGGCGGGCACCUUGGCUGGGGUCAUCGAUCUCGCCGUCGACUGGAUGACCGACUUGAAGGAGGGGGUCUGUCUGUCUGCCUUCUGGUACAGCCACGAGCAGUGCUGCUGGACGUCCAACGAGACCACUUUUGAGGACAGGGACAAGUGUCCCCUGUGGCAGAAAUGGUCGGAGCUGCUGGUGAACCAGUCAGAGGGCGCCAGUGCUUACAUUCUGAAUUACCUAAUGUACAUCCUGUGGGCAUUGCUGUUUGCGUUUUUGGCCGUCUCCCUGGUGCGUGUGUUUGCACCAUACGCCUGUGGCUCGGGUAUACCAGAGAUAAAGACCAUUUUGAGCGGCUUCAUCAUCAGGGGCUACUUGGGGAAGUGGACCCUGCUGAUCAAGACUGUCACCCUGGUGCUGGUGGUGUCCUCGGGCCUGAGCCUCGGGAAAGAAGGGCCGCUGGUGCACGUGGCCUGUUGCUGUGGCAACUUCUUCAGCAGCCUUUUCUCCAAGUACAGCAAGAACGAGGGCAAGAGGCGCGAGGUGCUCUCGGCUGCCGCCGCUGCUGGAGUUUCCGUUGCCUUUGGGGCUCCAAUAGGAGGUGUGCUUUUCAGCCUCGAGGAGGUCAGUUACUACUUUCCCCUGAAGACCUUGUGGAGGUCCUUUUUCGCGGCCCUGGUGGCGGCCUUCACGCUGCGAUCCAUCAAUCCCUUUGGGAACAGCCGCCUUGUUCUCUUUUACGUGGAGUAUCACACGCCCUGGUACAUGGCCGAGCUCUUCCCCUUCAUCCUGCUCGGGGUCUUUGGGGGCUUGUGGGGAACGCUCUUCAUCCGCGGCAACAUCGCCUGGUGCAGGAGGCGCAAGACCACCAAGCUGGGCAAGUACCCGGUGCUGGAGGUCAUCGUGGUGACCGCCGUCACCGCCAUCAUCGCCUACCCGAACCCGUACACGCGCCGGAGCACGAGCGAGCUCAUUUCCGAGCUGUUCAAUGACUGCGGGGCCCUCGAGUCCUCCCAGCUGUGUGACUACAUCAACGACCCGAACAUGACGCGUCCCGUGGACGACAUCCCGGACCGGCCGGCCGGGGUGGGGGUUUACACAGCCAUGUGGCAGCUGGCCCUGGCACUGGUCUUCAAAAUCGUCAUUACCAUCUUUACCUUCGGCAUGAAGAUCCCGUCGGGUCUCUUCAUCCCCAGCAUGGCUGUGGGCGCCAUGGCGGGCAGGAUGGUGGGAAUCGGCGUGGAGCAGCUGGCUUACCAUCACCACGACUGGAUCGUCUUCAGGAACUGGUGCAGGCCCGGAGCGGACUGCGUCACCCCCGGACUUUACGCAAUGGUGGGAGCCGCCGCCUGUCUAGGCGGGGUUACCAGGAUGACGGUGUCGUUGGUGGUCAUCAUGUUUGAAUUAACGGGUGGCCUAGAGUACAUUGUGCCCUUGAUGGCGGCAGCCGUGACCAGCAAGUGGGUGGCCGAUGCCUUUGGGAAAGAAGGCAUCUACGAGGCUCAUAUCCACUUAAACGGGUACCCGUUUCUGGACGUGAAGGAUGAGUUCACCCAUCGCACGCUGGCCACUGACGUCAUGCGGCCACGGCGUGGAGAGCCACCUCUGUCCGUGCUCACCCAGGACAGCAUGACCGUGGAGGACGUGGAGACGCUCAUCAAGGAGACCGACUACAACGGCUUCCCGGUGGUGGUCUCCAGGGACUCCGAGCGCCUCAUCGGAUUUGCCCAGAGGAGGGAGCUGAUUCUUGCAAUAAAGAACGCCAGACAGAGGCAGGAGGGCAUCGUGAGCAACUCCAUCAUGUAUUUCACGGAGGAGCCACCCGAGCUGCCGGCCAACAGCCCGCACCCCCUGAAGCUGCGGCGCGUCCUAAACCUCAGCCCGUUCACGGUCACGGACCAUACCCCCAUGGAGACGGUGGUGGACAUCUUCCGGAAACUGGGGCUCCGGCAGUGCCUGGUGACGCGCAGCGGGAGACUUCUUGGCAUCAUCACGAAAAAGGAUGUUUUGAGACAUAUGGCCCAGAUGGCAAACCAGGACCCUGAAUCCAUCAUGUUUAAUUAGAAACAAGGUGGCAUUUAUUUUGAGAGAAACACAACUGUGUCAUUUUAAAAAAAAUAAACAAAUGAUACGUUAUUAUCCUAAUGAACGAUUAUACGCUAGGGGCAGUGGAAACAAAAGCUUUGUUUGAACGAAAGGAGGAUAAAACCUGGUGUGUGUGUGUUUUUUUUUAAAGACAUCCACGAGUAGGCAUUUUAUAGCUUUAACCCCUUAUGAGUUUCCAGCUGUGUUUCUUAAUGAGUUUAUUAACUGCCGUGGGAGCAUGUGGGUGGGUGUAAACGAUGUGGUUUGUACAAGGACACAGAACACAAAUGCUGAGUCAAGAAACGCUUGCCCCUUCUGUUUAAGGCUGUUGGGGAAGCUUUGAGUCUAAGAGGCCAAGGGGUAUUGGCCUGUCAGCAUCUUUAUUUAUUGGUUCCCGAAGUGUUGCUGCUAUUUUACUGAAUUGGAUCAAAGAUGUUUGCACUUACUUUGUCGGAAAAGAAAAAGAAAUUAAAUUUGAACCGAGUGAAAGCUGCACGAAUGCCAGUGGGCUCACUUCGUGACCAUCCCGUUGUCUUCCUCCUGCUCUCAUCUGUCUGUGCACCAACAUCCGGGGGCUUCUGCUCCGCUGACUAUGAGAAACCCUUUCUCGGUGCAACACCAGCAUCUCGGGACCACACCGUGAACUCACUGCUCGAGCGUUUAGUGCUACGCGUGUUUCCUCCCGCACGAAGGGCCUCGCCGCGAUUUUGAGGGUGGUUUCGCGUCCCUGUUGUAUGUACCUCACUUGUUGAUCGCCGUGGCCUGUGCAUUCUUAAAUAUUGAUCAGUCCGGCACUUUCCACGGGCCAUAUCCUGUAUGCUGCCAGCUUGCCGUAAGCGUGCUUCAAUUUCCAGAUAGCGUACGUGAGAGUCAAAGCCGGCCACCCAGUGUUACUACUUAUUUUUCCUCUCAGCUCUUAUUAAAUACGGCUGCAGGGAGGGUGAGGCAUACGAAGUCUCAGUGGGAACUCCUCCAAAUGGAUUGCGAGAGAAAUGCUAAAUUGAUUCUAAAUCUGUUCCAUUAUCUUCUCUGUAGGAUGCAUAACGUGCGGCUCUAAUGUCUGAGCGCGCGCUUUCAUGCUCGCAGUCAAAGCACAGAAGGGCAGAGUUAAAUUGGAGACCGCCACUUGGAGCACUGGGCACCUUCGUGUUGAACUUAACGGUGCAUUUGUCCCUUUAGUCGGGACUCGGCUCUUUUCUGUGAGAAGGAACCGAGCUGCGGUUCCGGUCCGCUGUGGCACCGGUGUGAGUACGUCCGCCCCCGGGAGCCUGUCACGUGUGUCCCCGUUCCCCCCCUUCUCACCGAGUGGCCCGCGCCCUUUGCGAUCUCGGUCUCGGAUAUUGACGUGCCAGGUGUGUGUCUGGCGGCCAGAGAGAAAUCCCACGAACGGUGACGAGCUGAACGAGAAACCGGGGGUCGGGCACUCUCGCGUGUCUCCACAUUACCACCCAGCAGCCGUACGCUUUGCUAUUGUUGUCUGCCGUCCUUCGUCCUCUGGCUUGUGGCCUCAGAGUCACAGGCCGGGCUCUCUGUUACCCGGCUGCCAGCCAGGCCGUCGGCUUCCUAGGCACGAAGCGGGAGGAGGAGACACGUAGCAAGGUGUGAUGCCUGUGCCCAGGAAGCAGAACUUGCCCACAGGUGCCCAGCUGAUGUCCAUUGGCCGGACUUUGGUCCCGUGACUCCCCCUGGCGGCACGUGAGUGUGGGAAGGAGAAGUUUUAGUGAGGCCUGGUACUCUCUGAAUGAACUUUGGAUUCUUCCAACAAGGAAGAGGGACUGGUCCUUGGGAGGGAAGAUGUCCCCUGGAUUGGAUGCCAUCAUCAUGUCUCUGUUGGUGUCCUCCCUGUCCUCCUUUCUUUCUUGCCACACCCUCCAGACAUUCUCCUACUCACCGAGCGGUUCCCCACCCCUUCUCUCAGAUCUGACCUAGAACUCCCAAUCGGAAGCCAUCAUUUCUCAGCCCUCGUAAAAAUGCUCAUCUUGUAUAAAAACCUAGCGACUAGCGGGUUUCUGUGAAACUUCUGGUUGAUACAAGAAAAUGGACUGCUGUGUCCUCUGGGUUCAAAAAAGUGAAGUCAGAUCGUGCUGACAAACACUGGAAAAUUUGUUUCUGUGAUCGCUUGGCCCCCUCCAGAAUGAUAUCAAAUAGCCACUUCAGUGUGGAAACACUGGUCAGUACUAGAGAAUUUGAUCUUGGUGUCCCGUUCACGGCACGUUAAGUGUCGAGUCACAGAUCCCAAUAUUAGUGUUGUUACUGGGGUUUCCAUGGAGCGUGUGCAAGUGAAGCUGGGUUCUCCUGGACUUGAAAUCCUACGAGGUCUUAAAGAUUGCUUCCUGUAGUUCCCGCUAACUCCCGCGUGGCCUCCCGAAAGAGUGUUAGUCACAGCCUGGAUUUGUAUAAUCCAGAAAGCCCCUUCAGCUAAAACAGGGAGCUUCAAAAGGGAACACGAAACCGUGAACGGAUAGCCAAAGGGCAGUGAAACCACAGAACUUCUUCCUCCUCCAGAUGAGGCCAUAGAGGGAUGAAGGGAUAGUUUACUCCAGGCCAGGGUCACCAAGCCGGGGUGGGGGGGGGGGGCGAUGUUGUGCUCUGUCCUCCCAGGCCUUAGUGUAGAAGAGGUCUGCAAAUUCACGGCAGACAGUUGGGAGUGUUACUUUGACUCAAAUAGCCUUGUUUUCCUUCGUGAGUUGAACCUCUGAUUUGUCGUGGGGUUCAGGCUCUUGGCAACAGAAGGCCAUGGUCAGACAGGCAGGUGAAGGUCAAGGGUGGGAGAGUUUGCAGCGGGGCUGCCAGAGCUGGUUGCCUUCCUCCCGUGGAGCCCGAAGUCCCCUGUGCGGUCCACUCGCCUGCUGGCCCCGGGCUCUCACACAAACUCCAGGGGGAGCAGGCUUCCGAGCUGUUUGUCAGUCUUUCUUGUAAAAGUACGCGGGUCGGGAUUCUGAAGGGAUUUGCUGUAGCCAAAUGUAGAACCUUGUCUAUCUGGCGAUCUGAUGAGCGGGAAGAGUACAACUGGGAUGUGGAAGUAAAAUAAACAUUUCUUAGAA